AAUAAUACAUGGUGCAUUGAUGGUACAUCAAGACUAUAUAAAACCAGUAAUAAUUACAGAAUUCCAUAUUCUUAUUUCACCAGACGUCUGAAGAGAGGUUGUGAGUUUCAUUCCUUUCAAAGAACGAUAGCAAUUGAUCGCCGAUAUGUUAUCCAAAACAAUAGUAAGUAAUUUAUUUACAAACUAAAAACAUAUUUUAGGCUUCCAUUUCAUUAGUUUUAAUUUAAAUUUAUACAAUUAUCUAUUGUUACAUUAGCCUACUUAUAAUUAUGAUAUAUAUAUAUAUUGAUUAGUAAAUUAAAUAAAAAAUAUUAUAAGUAAAAUAAACACUACAAUACUAUUUCUUACUAUUUCUGCUUCUUUUUUUUUCUUCUGUGAACAAUUUGUGAUUUAUGAAAAUUUAACAGGCGAUUCAUUAAAAAUCGAACUAUGUGGUAAAAAAAAAAUAAUAAUAAAUUCAGUUUAACGUAGUACAUUUUUUAUAAGAGUUUAUACAUUAAAUUUUAACGAAGAUCGUAAAUAUUACCGUCUUACAAAACAUGUAUAACCGAACUUCGGUCCGAAUAGUUUUUUAUUAGUAAUGGUUUAUCGUUACGUUAAGAUAUAAAUUAAAUUCCCCUCUAUAUUCUACCUUUCCAACUUUUCAUUUAUACAACAAUAGCCCACCCAUCAUGCGAAGUAUGGUCUUUUUAAGUUUAUGGAGGUUACUCGAGCUAUCUUAUUUAUUAUGUUUAUGUAUAAGCAGAAAUGUACAACGAUAAAAAGAUAUUCAUAGAUAUAAUAAAUCAAAUAAUACAAUAAAUAUUAAUUAUUAAUAAAAUUGUGCCUUAGUAAAUUUGUUUGUUAAUACAUUUGAAAUAGGUUAAUAAUGCUUCUAUAUAAUAUAGUUGACAUUUUUUUAUUAUGUAGGUAUAGACUGUCCAUAAACAGAUUUUUAACAUUUUCCUUUAUUCUAUUUCAAAAAAAUAUAACACUUAUGAAUUGUCACUAAAGCUGAAGGUAGGUACAUUUGGAAAGGUAAAUAAAUAAAAUUAUUGGACGUAAUAUAGAUAAUUUAAACGCUAGAUUAAUAAUAUAACUGUAUACCUACUAUAUUUUGUUAUAUUUUUCUAAAUAUCUAUCUAGUUACUAGAUAGUUUAUCUAGAGUUUUUACAAAAUUAAAAUUAUUUCUGUGGAUAUUCUUUUGGAUAUUUGUUCAUGUUAUAAUGACAGAUUUUCUUGAAUUUUUUUUUUAUCAUAGAAUUAUUUUAUUAUUACGGUAAUAUGAUUAGUUAUAGUUAGUUAGGUUAUAAUAAAAAAAAAAACGACUAAGCUAAUAGUUAAUGUUAAUAAAUAUAGUAACUACGUCAAGAUAAAAAUGUCCAGGAAAAUAAUAAUAUAAAUUUAUAGUUACUUUUUUUAAAAUUUCCUAAUACUAAAAUCAUAGAUGUUAUUUUGUACUCUAAUAUUUAUAAUUACAUUUAUAGAUUUUAACAUUUGUACGCACAUCCCAUAAGCCACAUGCCCAUCUUGUUUAAUAAAGAUAUUCACGUAAAACUACAUACAUUUUCGUUGAAAUAUAUGAUAGCUUUUUAUAAAAUUAAUUUCUAACAUUUUAUUUUUUUUUUAAACUAGUCAAGAUAAAAGUUACCAAAAAGGUGUCAAAAAAGUAUCUUCUAACUUAACUUUAUAGAAAUGUAGGUCAAUCAACAAUAAUUAUAGUCCAUUAUUGAAAUUUGCUAAAUUAUCAUAAAUUAAUAGUUAGGUACCUGCAUGUUUUUUUUUUUUUUUUUUUGCUAUCAUAGGCACCUAAUCAAUUAAUAAAUUAUUAAAUUAUUAAAAAAUGUAAAUAAUAUAAUAUUAAACCUAACGAUAAUUUAUAUAUAAAAAAAAUAUUUAUAUUUAUACUUAUAUAAUUUCACAAUUUCAUAAUAUAUAAUAUUAUUUAUUCAGUUGCACUUUUUUACUAAAAAUUAAUUAUUUUUCUAUGAAAAAAUACACUUAAUUUGAGUUGAGGUUGUUGUUCAAAAAUAUUUACAUGCCUUAAUCUAAUAUCUAAUUAUUAUAAUUCAUAAUAAAAAUGAAUAAACAAUUGAAACAUAGGUCAUAGGCAAGGGUGGAUCGGCCUAUCGAGAAAUCAGGAAAUUUCCUGAUAUCCGAUAGGUCAGGUCUUCGUGUGAGCCUCUAUAUUAUUACUUAUAUAAUUUAUAAAAUAAAUAUAAUCUGAUAUUUUUGGUUAUCUGGACGGAUGGUCGGGAAUGGUGGUGCCACAUUUUAUGGUACCUGCUUCGUAAAUAAUAUUUGUUUAAAUAUUAUUGUCAGAGUAUUAGGCCACAAAUGAAACAUAUUUUUUUAAAGAGUACACGGAGAUUAAGCCACAAAUGUACAACACAAAAAUAUAUAAUUUUAAUUAGAUUUUAAUAUUUUUUUUUUUAAUAAUAAUAAUAUAAUAUAAAAUUAGUCAAAAAAAAUAUUAUUUAAAUUAUUUAAAAAAAAUUAUUUUUUAAAACAAUGUAACACAGAUUUCACUAAUUCAAAUCUGGUGUUUUUCCUUUCUUCGUUUUUUUUAAUUUCAUUAUGAACAUAAUGCUUUCGAAUUAAAGUUCGUUUUCUCAGUUUAACUACACUUGAAAUUUUAAUUUGAAUACAAUCAGUAACUAUAGUAGCAAAUCCUAAAAAAUCAAUAUAAUUGAAUAUUGAACAGUGAAUACACUGUUAAUAAGGCAUGUGAUCGCUUCUAGUAAAGAAUUAUAAAUAUUAAACUCGGAUGUUUUAUUAAAAUCUAAAAUAUAUUAAAAUAUAGUGGCCUAAUCACCGGGACUACACAUUAUAAAUGUAAAAUUUUAAUGUAAAAAAAAAAGUUCAUCGUGGAACAAAUCCCAGACACUCAACCGGUGGUGUUCGUCAAUUGUGUUGAUGUUGGGACACAACCUGUAUUACAUUAAUCAAUUGUGCCGGAUUAUUUUACGCAAAAAAAGUAAAAACAAUAAAUUAUAAGUGUUAAACAUUUUAUGGAUGUUGUUACUUGAAUUAUAUUUUAAUGUCGUUGAAAGUUUUUGAAGAUCGUUGCAAUAUGCAGUAUCAAUUUUAACUUUUCUAAACAAAUAUAUUGAAAACAAGAAAAAUGCAUAGAUAUUGUAUAGAUUUUUAUUUACGGUUUUUUUUUUUUUGUUGGCAGGCAUUUUUGAUUUUUAAUCUGUUUUCUUUUUCGACGAUAUUCAUUCUCUUGUAUGAUUGAAAUUGAAUCAUUUUCAAAACGACAAAAAACAAAAAUAUUUAGAUGAUGUGAAUAAAAAUAUUUUCCAAAUGUUCAGUGAAACUACUCACAGGCAUCUUUAGUUCUUUCAACUGAUAUAUUAUACGAUGCUUAAAGUUACGAUGAAAAAGUUGCAUGUUUAGCAAUAUAUGUAUCAACGAGAUAUCACAAGAUAUACCUACUAAUUUGCAUUUUUAUGUAUUUUUAUAUGAUCAGCGCAGUUGACGUAUAUUUUUUUUUAUCCCAUCAUUGUUCUUCUUUAUCUGCGAUUUCUGGUGCGAUUGAUAUGUUCCCCCAUCCGGACUACCAGUGAUUUUCCAGUAAUCGCAAUUCGGUUAUCUUGACUUUUACCGUAUUUAUAUUAAAUCAGGUCAAACAAAACAAAAAUAAUAAUACACCGACCACUUGUAUACGGUUGACUACCUACAGGUAUCGCAAUUCAGUUAUUUUGACUACCAUAGGCGAAUAUUUUGGUCCUCUGUUGCCCGACGUGGUUUUGCUAACAAAUCAGGGUUUAUUUUCUAUUAAAAUCCAAUAUGAGCUCGCGGGUGGAUAGCAAUAUUUUUGGCUGGUGGAUGUAUGUAUGUAAAUGUACGGCUCGCUACGAAUAUGAGCUCAUAUUGGACUUUUACAUGAAAAUAAACAAUGAUUUGUUGUUGUUUGCUAACAUGUGUUAGCAAAACCACAUCGAGUAGGUAAUAUGGUGUCAACAUAGCUUCGUUAGUUCAUAUCGGACUUUUAAUCGAAAAAAAAACAAAUCUGGAUUUGGGUACUUAAACAGGUAACCGAGAUUGUGGUAACCGAAUUAUGAUUACUAUUUACCAAUCGCAGGUAGUCCAGAUAACCGAAAAGUGCCAAUAGGUAUUAAACUGUAUUUUUUUGAAUGUUGUUAAUAAUUAGUGUUUUGCGAUAAUAUUAUGAGUUCCUUAAUCGGACCUUUUAAAAAAGAAGUAAGCUUUACAUCACAGAGAACUACAGGUUCUAGUAUUUAAUAUUUUAAUCAUUAAUCAUUUAAAAUAUACCUAUUGGUUAUUUUUGUAUUAAAUAUGCCUCAAGUCUCAAUUCAUAGGUAUAUAAUUUACUAGUAGUCUGGUACUGGUAUUGGUUUAUAGAGUUUUCAUAUAUAGGUAUAAUUAGGAUCAAUUUAUAAAAUUAUUCAGUCGGUACUUAGGUAAUUUAAGAAUAAUCAAUUAGUUCUUAUUGAAUUUCCGAGUCUUCUCCCAAUUAAAAAUUAAAAAUUGUUUGAAACAAAAACCUAACAAUUUGUUUUCUCAUUAAUUUCACUCUUCAUCAUAGAAAAAAAUAUAACAAAAUAAAUAAAUAUAUAUAUAUAUAUAUAUAUAUACAUAUACUCAUAACCCAUAUGAAUGUAAAUAUUAUAUUUCUUGAUACCUGCGAUACAAUAUUUAUUUAAAUUGUGAUUAUUUUGUGAAAUCGGUAGAUGAAUUUUGAAUUGAAUAAAAAAAAAAAAAAAACUAGAUGAUUUUUAAGAUAAUCUUAUAUAAUUAUUCGACAAAUAAAACCUAAAUAAAGGUUAGGUAUUAUAUAUUAUUAUCUAUUCUAUUAUCCUGUAUUAUAAAUUAUCGAUACAUUUCACUAAUUUUAAAACAUCUCAUAAAUCAUUAUAUUUCUAGUUGAGUCAUAUCGUAUCUUGUAUAAAUAAAAUAACAAAAAAUUCAUUAAAAAAACAAAAAUCAAAAGUUUUAUUUAGUUACAUUAUUGUAAUAACUGAAUAUUAUGUUUUAUUGCUUCAUGUGUAUGCAUACCAGGGUAUUUAUUUGUAUGUAUGACUUGUACGAGUAUUUGCACACAACAUGCAUUUAUGUCAUUGAAAAUGACUUAUUUAUACUUUAUAGACGUAAACCAUUAAACUUGCUGUAAAAUAUAUCAUUAUGAAAGUAAAAAUAUAAAAAUGAAAAUAAGUUAAAUAUAAAAUAUAAUAUGUUACCUACUUAAUUGGAGACACUGUUCGUAUUAAUUUUAGAUUCUAAGCCAAAUAAAGAAUAUAUAUUAGUUUUACGGUGAUAUCUAUUUUAUUUUUCAUUUAUAUUUAUUUCUGUAAACAACUUUUCUACCAUAAAUCUUGUUUGAUUUUCAAGUGUAGCAUCUGGGCGGUACUUUAAGAAGGUAAUUUUUUGAUUUUUCAAUCGGUUACCAUAAUAAUUGAGAAAAACCGAGAAAAUUUACGAAAUGUAUUACUUUUAAUUCUGUUUUUUUAUUGCGAUUCAGUUAAAAAUAUUUUUAGAGACUUGAAAUUUAGACAAAAUACCUAUAUUUUUCUUUUCUAAGCGUAGUAAAAUUUCCAAAACAUUUGAGCUAUUUUUUUUUUUUUUAAAGCUUUAUUUGAAAAAUUAAAGCUAUUUAUAGACAUUUAAAUUUACUUUGUGGAUAAAACUGCUAGACCAAACCAAAAUGCAUUACAAUUUAACAGAAAAUUUAUUAUAAGUUGUACUUUGUAGUGAAAAAAUUUUAAAAUCAAAUUUUGAUAAAAUUUGUAAAUAUGCUGACCUUUCAAAACAUAUAUAUCCGAACUCCGCUCAGAAUCAUUUUUCAUUAGCAAUAGUUAUUCGUUACAUACAGAUAUCCAUUAAAUUCCCCUCUAUAUCCUACCUUCCCAACUUCUCACCUACAAUAGUGGCUCACCCAUCAUGUGAAGUAUGUCCAUAUUUUUUGUAUAUUAAUAGCUAACUAUUUUUUAUAGUGUAAUUGUAGUCGUGUAAAAUCAGCAUAUCAUGUAUUAUGAAAUAAGUACCUAUGUGGAAAUCAAAAAUUAUUAUAUAACAUUCGUUAAUCAUAAUUUACAAGUAUAUUGCACAAGUGGCCUCUCGAUAACUUAAAUUUAAUAACUAGUAUAAACUACUAUUACAUACAAAUCGUUAUGUCAUAAACCGAAAUGAUUAAAUUUAACAAUAUUUCAUUUUAGUUAUACAUUUAUUUACAAAUGUCAUUUUAGUGAUUUUAUUAUUGUAGGUAAACGUUGGAAAUUAUUAACUGUAUGUUAUGUGAGGAUAAUAUCAUUAUUGAUUAAGUCAAUUUAAUGAAUUACAUAAAUAAUGUAUACACUUAUCUGUAAUCUAUCCGUGUACCUACCUACAUUAAACAAAUUAAGUGAUAACACUGCUGAUGGAUACUUGUAGGUGGGAAGUUGGAAAGAGUUGGCAAGCAUUGAAGAAAAAAAAACGUACACAGAUUAAAUUAUAAUUUAUUAAUAUAUUGUUACUUUAAAAAAUCAAAAUUUUGAAGUGAGAAAUUUUUAACAUAUACACAGUAAACCAUUUUCAUAAAAUAUUGUUAUUAUUAUUGCUAAACAUUAAAAAAGAAAAACAAACCUCAAAAUAUUGGUAUGUAAAAUUUAAUUUAAUUUUAGAACUCGUUAGAAUGAUUUAAAUUUGUAUGCUAACCUAGCAAUUUUUUGUAGUUUAAAGUACCUAGGUGACUAUAUGCACAACAUUUUUCGUGUUAUUUUCAUUGAUUUUUCAAACAGAAUAAAAGAUAAGUAAAUUACUUUUGGCUAAUUAUUGGUGUAACGUCAAUAUUUCAAAAGAGUAUAAAAUUAUGAAAAAAAAAUGUUGAGAGAUCUAUUAGGGUUAUUACAAAAGCGAAUUCAGUUUUUAUCUUUUAAAUUCUGAGUGAAACGAAGAAUGUAUUGGUUUUACAAUGGGCUCUUAUGAAUUUUAAGUGGAACGACGAAGAUUAUGGUUUUACAGAGAUAUUUAUUAUUUUUUUUUUUAUUUAUGCAAUUUUUCUAGCAAAAAUGGUUGGAUGAUACUAGGAUGGUAUUAUAGGGAGUUCAUUUUCUUAUUUCCUUGAAGAGGUUUACCAAUAAAUGGAAAUACCGGGAAAAAAUGUAGGCAUAAUGGGAAAAAUAUUAAUCAAAUACUAUUAAAAAAAAUGUUUAAUGCUUAUGUAAUUAUUUUACUAUAAUAUGACCUACAUAUUGUUGAUAAACAUGGCUAGGAUUUGUAUGCAACAGCAUGUUUUUUUUGUGACUUCUGAUUAUUGAUUUUGUCAGUAAUGUCCACGAAUCACCUCAUGAUGAGAUAAAUGGUGGUGUUUUUAUUUUGCAUGUUUUUGCAUAUUUUGGAUAAAAUGCAUAUUAAUGCAUAUAUCGAAUAAAAUGAUUAUUAUUGCAUAUUUCGAUUAUAAAAAUGCGAAAAAUGCAUGUUUUAUAGUAUAUUUUGUAAUUAGUAUUUAUAAUUUAAUAUUAAUAUUUCGUAUUUAAUUCUAGCUCUGCUGAUUAAAGUAUAAAACUUGGUUUUUUUUAUCAAACACCAAUUUUAUUUUUAUAAAUACAAUCCUAUGGUAUAAUAGGUAUGCGAUUAAAGAUUAAAUAGUUUGACGGAAAAAGAUAAACACAAUUAAUAAAAGUUUUCACGACGAAUCAGAUUCGAUAAAAAAAGCUAAAGAAUUAUAUGAUAAUCAAAAUUUAAAAAAUGAUUUAGCAUAUAUUAAAAAUAAUUUUUGCUUUUUAUCCCAAGUUAUAAUUAAACUACAAAACAANAGCAUGUAACACACGUAGUGAAUGCGAAUUAUAAAUUUUAUUAAUUUUUAAAUUAUUUUAUUUUAUUUUUAAGACAAACAGCCAACCUGUAUUUCAAUAGAUAAAUAUUUUUUUUGUAACUAUAUUUUUGUGUUUAUCUUAUAAAAAUUAUAAUGCAUAUUUUUGCAUAUUUUGGUAAAUAAAAUGCAUAUUUUACAAUUUUUUAUUGCAUACAAAUCCUAGCCCUGUUGAUAAAGCAACACUAUCAACCGAACACCGCUCAGAAUCAUUUUUCCGUCAGCAAUGGUUAAUCGUUGCUUAUAAAAAUAUGAGUACAUUAAAUUCCCAUCUAUAUCCUACCUUGCCAAUUUUCCACCUACAAUAGUGGCUGCACCUGUCCCCGUUUCCUAGGACAGCUUUUUUUUUUAUAAGUGGCAAAUUUGAUUCUCUUAAUAUUUUGUCAACAAUCAUCUCUGCUUGUUUUGCUUUUAGGUAAACUUGACGUUGCCAAGUAUAAUGAAAACUAUAGGGAAAGUCAAAAAAUUACCUUUCCAAUUUAUCCACUAGAUUCAAAAUGAUACAAAAAGUACACAUCAUAGUAGAACUAGUACAUUCCUUUCUAUGCUCAGAAUUUAAAAAGUUAUUUUUUUUUAUUGAUUAUUUCCAAAAUUGUACUAUGAAAACUUAAUUUUUUUUGUUAUAAUAACCAUACAAUUAAUGUUUUAACUCAAAACUCAUGUCAGAAUAUUAUGAAAAGUUUACCACGCCUAAAAAAGUCAAAUACAAGAUUUCUGUCAAAAUGUCAAGUCUCUAAGAAAUAUUUUUAAAGGAAUCACAAUAAAAAAACAACAUUUAAAAUAAUAAAACAACUAUUUUAGUAAACUUUUCUGUUCUUUUUACUUUUUUUUUCGUUUUUGCUCAGUUGUUAAAAAAAAGUAAAUCAAAAAAGACGGAUAUACUUCACACGUGGGUGGGCCACUAUUGUAGGUGAGAAGUUGGGAAGGUAGAGGGGGAAUUUAAGGUGUACGAUAUCGUACACGUAUAUCUUGUAUGCAAUAAUGGCGUCGUGCACUAUUCGCCCGUGAGUUUUCUACUCAAUACUUUUUACGUGCUAUUUCCGCCCGUUAUCGUAUAAUAUUUACCUGCUGAAAUUAUGUAAGGUGGACAAUCCGCUCGAAAAUUUAAAAUUAUAAAUUAACGUCAAUUUAAUUUAUUAAAAUAUUGUAAUAAUACGAUUAGGUAUACAUAAUUGCUAUAACUAUAUAAUAUAUACUUUACAUACUAACAAGAGGUUGAGAGUGAGAACGAAAAAAAUAUUUUUUGAUUAUUUUGACUAUUUUGAAAGUAAAAAAAAUAAGAAACUGCUACUGAUUUAUUUUUAAACAAAUAUUAAGAAGUACUGUCCAUGAAUAUUAAUUGUAUAAGGGCAUUAUAAUUAUUUCAGUUGGACCUAUAAAGUUGGAGUUUGCACACGCCUAUAAUAUGUCUAUUACAAAAAAAAUAAUAUAUUACUAUAGAAUAUUCGUGUAUAAAAAGAUAUUUAUUUUUGUAUUGCAGAUUUUGUAUUGUUUGUUACUUGCGGUGACUUUAGUUGCAACAGCCCCGAUUGAUUCGGAUCCAACUGACACCAAAAAGAGAGAUGACAUUCCGUCCACAGGUGAUCCAGAUAACUUUAUUAUGAGGAUACAAUUAUUACGGUUUAUUGCAUUGUCAUCACUUUUUGGUUAAAUAUGGUUCCAUUUAAACAUCGACUGAAAUAAUCUUUAGUAUGAAAUAUUUUAUUAUGUUUUAUUUGUACCUACAUAAGUUUAUCAUAAUAUAUACAUUUAUUUUUCUUGUAACUUCUGGUAAGAGUCACAAAAAUUGAUUACUACCAUGACACAUAUGGCCAUUUGAAAAUUAAUCUUAAAUAAUACUUGUCUUUUGCAGUGGCUUGUUCCGGGCAUAUAUAAUAAACAUAUUACAACAAGCAGAAAUAUAUUAUAGUUGAACUGUUUAUUUGUAAAAUUAAUUGUAAAUAAAAAUAAUUAUAUGUUUACCUA